UUCUCCCCACCAUAUCCGUUCGCUCCAACUUCCCUCCUUCCAUUUCCAACUCAUCUCUUCCUCCCUGGCCUCUCUCUUCUCGCCCUAUAGUCGAGGCCAGCCACCCCCUCACCCACCAUCUUCCCCUCCCCAUGGGCAGCUGCCUCACCAAGCAGCCGGAGGAACCGGCCUCGGCCGACCCUGACGCCGCCGAACCCAAUGGUACCUCCGCCGACGCCACCAUUCAGGAUCCCCCCGCAAUCCCCACCGCCGGUGUCUCGCCUGCCAAGUCCGCCGCCCCCAUCGGCCCCGUCCUCGGCCGCCCCAUGGAGGACGUCCGCGCCACCUACUCCCUCGGCAAGGAGCUCGGCCGCGGCCAGUUCGGAGUCAUCCACCUCUGCACCCACAAGGCCACCGGCGAGAAGCUGGCCUGCAAGACCCUCCCCAAGCGGAAGCUCACCAACGAGGAGGACAUCGAGGACGUGAGAAGGGAGGUGCAGAUCAUGUACCACCUCUCCGGACAGCUCAACAUCGUCGAGCUCAAGGGCGCCUACGAGGACAAGCAGUCGGUGCACCUCGUAAUGGAACUCUGCGCCGGAGGCGAACUUUUCGACCGCCUCAUCGCCGAGGGCCACUACACCGAGCGGGCCGCCGCCUCCUUGCUCAGGAUCAUCGUGCAGAUCAUCCACACCUGCCAUUCCUUGGGGGUCAUGCACAGGGACCUCAAACCAGAGAACUUCCUCUUGCUCAGUGAGGACGAGGACGCGCCUCUCAUGGCCACCGAUUUCGGCCUCUCCGUCUUCUUCAAGGAAGGGGAAGUAUUCAAAGACAUAGUUGGCAGUGCAUAUUACAUAGCACCUGAAGUCCUCAAACGAAGUUACGGACCCGAAGCUGAUAUUUGGAGCAUAGGGGUGAUGCUCUACAUUUUCCUCUGUGGUGUUCCUCCCUUUUGGGCCGAAUCUGAACAAGGGAUCUUCAAUGCUAUUUUAAGAGGAGUGAUUGACUUCGCAAGUGACCCGUGGCCUUCGAUUUCCCCUGGCGCUAAGGAUCUUGUAAGGAAAAUGCUGCGUUUGGAUCCCAAACAAAGGCUAACCGCAUUUGAAGUUCUCAAUCAUCCCUGGAUCAAAGAAGACGGAGAAGCACCUGACACACCGCUUGAUAAUGCUGUUCUCAAUAGACUGAAACAAUUUAGAGCAAUGAAUCAAUUUAAGAAGGCUGCUUUAAGGGUGAUUGCAGGAUGCUUAUCGGAGGAGGAGAUACAAGGUCUAAAGGUAAUGUUCAAGAGUAUGGACUCUGAUAAUAGUGGAACUAUUACUCUUGAAGAACUAAAGCAGGGUCUUGCAAAGCAAGGAUCAAAACUAUCAGAGGCUGAAGUCCAGCAGCUUAUGGAAGCUGCUGAUGCAGAUGGUAAUGGAACAAUCGACUACGAGGAGUUCAUCACAGCGACAAUCCACAUGAACAGAAUGGAUCAAGAAGAGCAUCUAUAUACAGCAUUUCAAUACUUUGACAAGGAUAACAGCGGCCAUAUUACGAGAGAAGAACUCGAGCAAGCUUUAAAAGAGAAGGGGAUGUAUGAUGAAACAGAAAUCAAGGGUAUCAUCGAUGAUGCUGAUGUCGACAAUGAUGGAAAAAUUAAUUACGACGAGUUUGUGGGCAUGAUGAGAAAGGGAACACCUGAUCAUAAUCCAAAGAAGAGAAGAGAUCUGGUUAUUUGACCAUAAACGUUGUUGGAGCUUGUGAACGUGAUUAAUAUACUGUUUAUGGUUUCAUGUACAAAUCUUUCUUUCUUUCCCCAUAAAAGUUGUGUACAAAUCUUGCUUGUGGGAAUGAGUUAGGAAAUGAUAGUGACCAGACUUAUACAAAUAAAUCAAAAUUG